CUUACCGGAAGUGCCCGUCUCUUAACGUUUUCCUCCUUUUUGGUGCGAGCGACUCAUGGCUUCACGUAAAGAACUCAGCUCGGCAUCAGGUUCUGGAAUGGCUUCGACUGGCGGCACGCUGGACUCUCCAGUCAAGCAGGUCCAGAUCGAGGGACUGGUGGUGCUGAAAAUAAUUAAGCACUACCAGGAAGAGGGCCAGGGCAGCGAAGUGGUUCAGGGCGUCCUGCUGGGUCUGGUGGUAGACGACCGGCUGGAGAUCACCAACUGCUUCCCCUUCCCCCAGCACACUGAAGACGAUGCAGACUUCGACGAAGUCCAGUACCAGAUGGAGAUGAUGCGUUCCCUGCGUCACGUCAACAUUGACCAUCUGCAUGUGGGCUGGUACCAGUCCACCCUCUAUGGCUCGUUUGUCAGCAGAGCUCUACUGGACUCCCAGUUCAGCUACCAGCAUGCCAUCGAGGAAUCGGUCGUUCUCAUCUAUGAUCCCAUCAAGACAGCCCAAGGCUCCCUGUCUCUCAAAGCCUACAGGCUUACCCCCAAACUCAUGGAGAUCUGCAAAGAGAAAGAUUUCACACCAGAGGGAUUGAAGAAGGCUAACAUUGGAUUUGAGAACAUGUUUGAGGAGGUGCCCAUCGUCAUCAAAAACUCCCACCUCAUCAGCGUGCUGAUGUGGGAGCUGGAGGAUAAGUCCACCGUUGCCGACAAGCACGAACUGCUCAACCUCUCCAGCAGCAAUCACUUGGAGAAGAGCCUUCAGCUGCUCAUGGACAGAGUGGAUGACAUGAGCCAGGAAAUUGUCAAAUACAACACCUACAGUCGCAACCUGAGUAAGCAGCAGCAGCAGAAGCAUCAGUACCUCCAGAGGCGGCAGCAGGAGAACGCUCAGCGACAGAGCCGGGGAGAGGCCCCGCUGCCUGAGGAGGACAUCAGCAAACUGUUCAAGCCCCCUCAGCAGCCUCCACGCAUGGACACGCUGCUUAUUGCAGGGCAAAUUAAUAACUACUGCCAGAAUGUGAAGGAAUUCACCUCGCAGAACCUCGGGAAGCUUUUCAUGGCAGAAGCCCUCCAAGGCCAGAACUAGAGGGGACGCAAGCAGCUAACCAGACGAGGAUGCACAAACACUGAAACGGCAAAAUCAUCGAUUGUAGUUUGUUACAUUUUUUGGUUUUAAUUCUGCAAAAGUUUAUGUAAACAAAAACAAAUUUGAUAAUAUUUGAUUCCAAUAAAAGUUUUGCAUCUCCGCUUGA